AUCUCUUCUCGAUGAAUGAUUAUGAACAUAAGUGGUUUUGGUGUAGAUUGUUAGCGCCUCUUGAGGUGCCUAUUUGGUGGGUUCAAGAGCAAAAUGGACCUGCCUAUGAUAUCAAACUUUACAGCAACACUGGAUUUGAUGUUGUUAAGGUUUGGCAAGAGUUGGAAGGUCGGUAAUGGACAGAUUAGAGGUAGUGCAUUUCUGUUAGUGCAAGGCUGUAUUGCUUGGAUUGAAUUCCAAGUUAAUAUAUUGAUUAAACUCUUUUUUUUAUGUAGUUCUGUUGUACUCCGUAGUAUGUUAGCUAUUUAUUUGGGUUUAUAUUAAACAGUUGAUAAUCAAAUGGGAUAUCCGAACAUGACAUGUGGGGGACCAAUCUCCAACCCAUUUCUUUCUACCAACAGUUCUCGCCGUCUUAGCAAAUCCCCACCGCGUCCUCGGCAGUAGCCGCCGCCGCCACAGCCACCUUAUCACAGCCACCGCCUACCCCGAACCCGAAGUUUUCUUCUCCUACGAGGCUUGAUGGCGAGGCUUGUAGUGGAGGUUCUGGAAGCCAGCGAUCUGAUGCCCAAAGACGGGCAGGGCUCCGCAGAUCCGUAUGUAGAAGUUGAAUUUGACGGGCAGCGGAAGAAGACACAGACGAAGAGCAAGGAUCUCUGCCCGCGGUGGAACGAGAAGCUGGUUUUCAACAUCCAAAACCCCUCCCCUGGCUUGGGUGCCGAGAACAUUGAUGUGUACGUCUACAGUGAAGGAAAAAAUGGCCAAAACCCCAAGUUUCUCGGCAGGGUUGAGAUUUCUGGCAUCUCUGUUCCCUUUUCGGAGUCGGAAGCAGAAAUCCAGACAUACCCACUUGAUAAAAGGAGCAUUUUCUCUCAUAUUAAGGGCGAAAUCGCCUUGAGAGUCUAUGCUUUGCUGGGUCUAGGGGAUGAUAUGAAUCCUGACCAAGAUUUGGAUGUCGAGAACGAACCGCUGUUGAGCACUGGGGGUGACACCAUCGAAACCAGAGAUGUUCCUGUCCCUGUCCCUGUCCCUUCACCGCCACUGCAAGAAUUCAAAACUAAUUUGUGCCAGGACGAGACUGAAAUCGAGAAGAAGAAGGAGAAGAAGAAGAAGAAAAAGGAGCCACAAGUGAGGACAUUCUACUCCGUCGGUAGAGAUAGGGGUCCUCCCCCUCCCACUCCUCCUCCUCUUGAAAAGCCUGUAAUGGUCGAGCCCCGUGUUGAUUUCAUGAGAGCCGGACCGAUGCCACCAGGAUUAGUUCAUCAAAUGCAAGUGCCUCCGGGUCAGAGGCAGGAAUUCGGGUUGGUUGAGACCAAACCCCCAGUGGCCGCGAGAAUGGGGUAUUGGGGGAAGGAUAAGACCGCAACCACGUAUGAUUUGGUUGAGCAGAUGUACUUCCUGUACAUACAUGUGGUGAAGGCCAGAGAUUUGCCCGUGAUGGACCUCACCGGGAGUCUCGACCCCUACGUCGAACUCAGGGUGGGGAAUUACAGGGCCACCACGAGGCACUUUGAGAAGAACCAGAACCCGGUGUGGAAUGACACUUUUGCUUUUGCCAAGGAGAACAUGCAGUCUCAUAUCAUUGAGGUCACUGUGAAGGAUAAAGACUUCAUGAAAGAUGAUUUUGUUGGGAAGGUUGUGUUUGAUAUUAUGGAAAUUCCUCUCAGGGUUCCCCCCGACAGUCCCUUGGCUCCUCAAUGGUACAGACUGGUGGGUAAGAGGGGGGAGAGGGUGUAUCAGGGGGAGAUCAUGCUUGCGGUUUGGAUGGGAACGCAAGCCGAUGAGGUCUUUCCGGAUGCUCUACAUUCUGAUGCCUAUGGCAUCAGCCCGCACAGCCUGGCUAAUACGCGAUCAAAGGUAUAUUUCUCUCCCAGAUUGUUUUACCUGAGGGUACAAGUCAUCGGAGCUCAGGAUCUGAUCCCUGCGGAUAAAGGGCGAAUGCCCGAGGCAUUUGUAAAGGUACAACUUGGUCAUCAGUGGAGGGUCACUAGACCCUCUCAGAGACAGGUUAAUCCGAUGUGGAACGAGGAGAUCAUACUUGUGGCUUCCGAGCCCUUAGACGAGUUCCUUACAAUAGAUGUUGUUGAUAGAGUUGGACCCGGUAAAGAUGAAGUGAUUGGGAGAAUGAUGAUACCCGUGAGGGAGAUCCCGCCAAGGGCGGGAGAAACCACUAAACUCCCUCCUCCCAAGUGGUUCAACCUCAGGCCUUUUCUAGGAGGAGGAGGAGGAGGAGGUGAAGAUGAUAAGAAGAAAGAGAUGAGGUUCUCAAGCAAAAUCCACCUCCUCCUAUGCAUGGAUGUUGGCUACCACGUUCUUGACGAGUCAACUCAUUUUAGCAGCGAUCUCCAGCCUUCCUCCAAGCUCAUGAGGAAGCCUGGCAUUGGGAUUCUUGAGCUAGGCAUUCUGAAUGCCCAGAAUCUGCAUCCGAUGAAGGGCGGGAAAGAUGGCAGGCUCACGGAUGCGUAUUGCGUGGCCAAGUACGGGAACAAGUGGGUGCGGACAAGGACGGUGCUGAACAACCUGAAUCCCCGGUGGAACGAGCAGUACACGUGGGAAGUGUUCGACCCGUGCACGGUCAUAACGGUCGGUGUCUUUGACAAUUGCCAGAUCAACGGGAGAGAGGAUCCGAGAGACCAGAGGAUCGGCAAGGUGAGAAUCCGGCUCUCCACCCUGGAGACCGACCGGAUUUACACCCAUUUUUACCCCUUGCUAGUCCUCCAACCCCCGACCGGUUUGAAGAAGCACGGCGAACUCCACCUGGCCGUGAGGUUCACCUGCACUGCUUGGGUGAACAUGGUGGCGCAGUACGGAAGACCGUUGCUUCCCAAGAUGCAUUACCUGCAACCCAUCUCGGUGCGCCACAUCGAUUGGCUUCGCCACCAGGCGAUAGGUCUGGUGAGUGAGAGGCUGGGCAGGGCGGAGCCGCCUCUGAGAAGGGAGGUUGUGGAGUACAUGUUGGAUUCCAACUACAAUUCCUUCAGCCUGAGGAGGAGCAAGGCCAACUUCUUCCGCAUGAUGUCCCUACUCAACGGCAUCUCCGCCGCGUGCAGAUGGUACCACGGGAUCUGCUACUGGAGAAACCCGUUCACGACCAUCCUCGUCCACGUGCUCUUCCUGAUUCUGGUCUGCUACCCGGAGCUCAUCCUCCCAACCGUCUUCCUCUACUUGUUCGUCAUCGGGUUGUGGAACUACCGGUUCCGGCCGAGGAACCCUCCGGCGAUGGACGCGCGGAUGUCGCUGGCGGACGCCACUCACCCGGACGAGUUGGACGAGGAGUUCGACACGUUCCCGUCGUGCAGGCCGAUGGAGGUGGUGAGGAUGCGGUACGACAGGCUGCGGGUUGUGUCGGGGAAGGUGCAGUGCGUGAUGGGGGAUUUGGCGACCCAGGGGGAGAGAGCUCUGGCGAUUCUGAACUGGAGGGAUCCCAGGGCCACCGCCAUAUUCAUCAUCUUCGCGCUGAUUUUCGCGGUGGUUCUUUAUGUCACUCCGUUUCAAGUCAUUGCGCUCCUCGCCGGCCUCUACUCGCUCCGCCACCCGCGCUUUAGGAGCCGCCUCCCGUCCGUUCCCGUCAACUUCUUCAAGAGGUUGCCCUCAAAAUCUGACCAGCUUUUGUGAAGCAAGAAAAGAAGAAAAUAUGGUUGUAAUUAAUUAAUUAAUUAAAUUGCCUAUGGAAGGAAGGAAUCCCUUGCUGUACUAUUAUGAUUGUUAUUAAGCCUGUAGCGUAUAUGGAUUUGUAUUAGUAAAUGAGGAGUGGAAUAAAAACGGCAUAAACAU